CAAGUGCAGUCAUGUGAUCCUCAAGUCAUGUGACACAUUUACACCAAUACCAGAUCAUGCUGCACCCAAACAAUGAGAGAACAGUCCUGGAAAUUGGAUUGAAUUACUAGCUCUCAUUAUAUGCAGUGAACAAUGAAAAAUAAUCUAUUCAGGGAAAUAUGCCAACCAAUGAUGCUCAGAUUAAACAGCACUUAUCUAGUGGGAGAGGCCUCUUUAAUAGUGAUAUUGUGGCACAGUACCAAAGCCAGUGUUUGGAGAGCUUGAGUGAGCAGAAGAUGAAGAGCAAGAAGUCUGGGUCCGCUCCUUGUGAGCUUGUUAAUGUGGCCAGUCCAAAAGAAAGCAAAUUGACUGUUAAACCCGACACCAUGUCAGACCAGAAUUAUCGACAAUUGGAUGAGAGUGGAUCAGGAGAUCAUGGGUCCAAGCCAGAUCUCAGUGAUGACACCCUUGAGCCAGUGGUGGAAGGAGAACCAUUUACCAGCUAUUUUGAUGAAAAAGUUCCCAUUCCAGAGGAUGAAAGUAACUCCUUGUUCAGUUUCCGUAAGCUUUGGGCCUUUACUGGACCUGGCUUCUUGAUGAGCAUUGCCUAUCUAGAUCCAGGAAACAUUGAAUCGGACUUGCAGUCUGGCUCUGUUGCUGGUUUUAAGCUGCUCUGGGUCCUUCUGGCUGCUACGAUUAUUGGCCUUCUUCUUCAGCGACUGGCCGCCAGGUUAGGGGUAGUGACCGGUCUGCAUUUAGCGGAAGUGUGCAAUCGCCAGUAUCCAAAGGUUCCCCGGAUUCUAUUAUGGAUAAUGGUGGAGUUGGCUAUCAUUGGAUCUGAUAUGCAAGAAGUCAUUGGCUCAGCCAUUGCCAUUAAUCUCCUGUCUGUCGGAAUAAUUCCAUUAUGGGGAGGAGUGUUGAUUACAAUCGUAGAUACAUUUUUCUUUCUAUUCCUCGAUAAAUACGGGCUAAGGAAACUGGAAGCAUUUUUUGGUUUCCUUAUUACAAUCAUGGCAGUGACUUUUGGAUAUGAGUAUAUACGAGUUCGUCCCGAUCAAGGCCAGCUUCUGAAGGGCAUGUUUUUUCCUUACUGCGCUGACUGUGGGAAUCCUCAAGUUUUACAGGCGGUUGGGAUUGUAGGAGCUGUAAUUAUGCCUCACAACAUGUACCUGCAUUCGGCUUUGGUGAAGUCCAGGGAAGUGAACCGCGCCAACAAGAAAGAAGUAAGAGAAGCAAAUAAAUACUUUUUUAUUGAGUCCACCCUAGCCCUCUUUGUGUCUUUUAUCAUCAACGUCUUCGUUGUGGCAGUGUUUGCUGAGGCCUUCUAUCAAAAGACCAACAAUGAAGUGCUGAAUGAGUGCAUCAACAGUACUUACAGUGGACAGAUUAGCAGUUUGUUUCCAAACAACAAUGAUACUUUGAAUGUGGACAUUUACAAAGGGGGUGUGAUUUUAGGAUGCUUUUUUGGGGCUCCGGCUCUCUACAUCUGGGCUGUGGGUAUCCUAGCUGCAGGUCAAAGUUCCACAAUGACUGGUACCUACUCUGGUCAGUUUGUCAUGGAGGGUUUUCUUAACCUAAAGUGGUCCCGGUUUGCUCGAGUGGUCCUUACUCGAUCUAUCGCUAUUACUCCUACUCUGUUCGUAGCCAUUUUCCAGGAUGUUCAGCACCUUACUGGCAUGAAUGAUUUCCUCAAUGUGCUUCAAAGCCUGCAGCUUCCGUUUGCUCUGAUCCCAGUGCUAACAUUCACCAGCAUGAGGUCCGUAAUGAACGACUUUGCAAAUGGGCUGGGUUGGAAGAUAGCUGGUGGCAUCCUGAUCCUUAUCAUAUGCUGCAUAAACAUAUACUUUGUGAUCAUAUACGUGUCAGCCCUUGGCAACAUUGGUCUGUAUAUUGGAGCGGCUAUCCUGUCUGUUGUAUAUCUCUGCUUCGUGGCAUAUUUGACAUGGCAAUGCUUGGUUGCCUUGGGCCUGAAGUUCCUUGAAUGCGGGCAGACGCUUCCUGUACCACUUGUGGAUAUAAAUGGUUAUAACCUUGGACUGACCAACUAUCCAGAGCUUUUCCUCUUACACAAUAUGGAGAAAGAAGGGAUCUCAUCUUCCCGAUGAUGUUUGGGUCACAUGGCACAACACUGAUUAUCCCUUCUAGACACCAUAUCUAGAAGUACUCAGGAGUUUAGAGGUGCCAUGCUUUUAGUGCCGAGUACCAAAUUAACUUUGCGAGCUUUGUAGCAGGUGAAGUAGAGCAAAAAAUUGUAAACGUUACUAUGUAAUACAUUAUACUUGCUUACCGUACCCUUAUAUUUACAAUUUGAAAAAAGACCAUUGAAAAGUUGAAAUUUAACAUUCGAAAAAAGUCCAUGGAUUUUAACCAAAAGACAGUUAACUACACAAGAAAUCGAAACUUCAAUACACAGAAAUUUAAACCCAUAGCUGAUCCAGAAGAAGCCGAAAAAAUAGCCCUAUAAAGCAUGAUCCCUUACAAGGAAAAGAAUAAUCUGUCCUGAUUCCUUAAAGCAAUUGGAUAUACUAUGGAUCAGCAAUCUACGGUGUCAUCCUCAGUCAAUCAUGAUUUCAUAUUCAUAUCAAAUAUUUUCCACAUAUGUGAAUUUUGCUGGUUUUUAUAGACUUUACAAAGUUCUGUUUUCGUUUUCUCACAAUUUUCCAUACUUCCAAGGACACAUUUUUACCUAAAGUUAUACUAUUAUAUUCCAGGAUGUGGGAUUAACCAUUAAUUUAUAACAUUAUAUGAAAUUGUAAUUUAUGGACACGGGGCGGUAAAAUCAGAUCCAUUUUAAUCCAGGUUAUUGAUGCCUUAGACACGACAUAGCAUUUUGGGGAAUGAUUUGCUUAAGAAAUACUAAAUGAGUUAUUUAAAACUGGCUCAGCAAACCUGUGUUCAUAAACUGUGUGUCCAAUCAGUGAUGAGCAUUUGUUAAAAAGAAAAAAAAAAACUGCUGCUGAACCUGAAACCCUCAAUAUUAUUUAAUUGGUGACUAUUAUAAGGAUUAUAGGGAUAAGGAUCAAAAAUAUUGUUGAAUUUGAUAUAAUUUGAUGUGAUCAUGUGUCUUAUGGAAAAGAUUGGUUUGUAUUUUUUAUUUUUUUUAUAAUUUUCACAUACUACUGGUUUAUGUCAGCAACCUAUCCAGAGUUAAAGGUGUUGAUCUCUGGGGUAACUUAUAUUUAUUAGAAUACGCAUAAUGCAUAUUUUGGAAUACUUUUAAUUGCCAAUUUUAUGAACUUUAUUGUGGGCCGUAUGACUUUUAAAAUAAUGCUGCUAGCUUCAUUCAUAAAAAGUGAUGUGUUAUAUUGCUGAAAUGUAAUUAAUGGCACUAUACCCUGCUGUAUAUGUUAGUGCCUUUUGUUGAUUUUACAAGUGUUUUUAGGGAAUUUUAUUCCAAUACAGUCACCACUUUAUGUGAAAAUGGUGA